GUGAUUAAAUUCCAGAGGAUGGCCAGUCGACGUUUAUUUUGAAGGUGUCCCACCAAGUUGCAGUUGAACCGGAUGUUCUUCUUCUAGCAAUAGGCGUCAAGCGUUGGUAGUGACAGCUUCUUUUUCAUGUGUGAGAAAGUUUGUGUUCUGAUUCGUCAAAGUCUCCGUAUGUCCGGAUAAACCUGUCUGACAGGACUUUGUGCUGUUCACCUUGUUUUUCUGGAUGUUUUUCCUCUGACUCAUCUCUCGGUAGACUAACGUAGAAACAUAUUCAAGUUAGCUUAGCAUGCUAGCUGGUUAGCACGGCGGCGCUAGUCAGAGUGACUGUUUGAAGGAGAGAAAUCUGUGUUUCUGACGGAGUUUGUGUGGAGAAAAAGUUGGUGUCACUGUGUGAAAAAUGUCUAAAGUCCAAACGGUGAGAGCGCUGGUGGAGCAGCGACUGACUGCGGCUGCUGAAGAGAUAUUUGGGCUGUUUGAAAGAACGAUAGCAGAGUACGAGGAGCAACUUUGUCGUUCAAAAGAGAAGAACGAGCGACAACAGAAACUACUGGACGCUGUUUUGAGCCCUCAGAUUCAGUUACACAGAGCAGACGUCAAGCUGCUGCUGGUGGUUAAAGAGGAGGUUCCCUCUGAGCCGGAGGACACGCCCCCAUACAUUAAAGAGGAACAGGAGGAACCUCAGACCAGUCAGCAGGGAGAGCAGCUUCAAGGGCUGGAGGAGGCUGAUAUCACAUCCACUCCUGUCCCUGUGAAGAGUGAAGAAGAUGAAGAGAAACUUCAGUCCUCACAGCUUCAUCAAACACCAACUGAACAGAUGGAAACAGAAGCUGAUGGAGAGGACUGUGGAGGACCAGAACCAGACAGGAACUCUGAUCCAGAUCCACAUUUACAACCUGAUAUUGAUCAACAGCCGGGAGACUCUUCUGAACCUGAGACUGAAGACAGUGCUGAUUGGAAGGAGACCGAAGAACAUCAGUCAGGUUUAAAGUGUUUGAAAAAAGAUGGCGGCCCUGUCAGGGAUUCCAGAUCGAGGGCCAGAAAGAAAUCUUUGAAUUGCUCAGUGUGUAAGAAAUAUUUCGAACACAGGGGGAGUUUAAAUAAACACAUGAGAGUUCACACAGGAGAGAAACCUUUCAGCUGCUCAGAUUGUCAGAAAUCUUUCACACAGUUAAGUAAUUUGAAGGUACACAUGAGACUCCACACAGGAGAGAAACCUUUCAACUGCUCAGUUUGUGAGAAAUCUUUCAUACAGAUAACACAUUUAAAGGUACACAUGAGACUCCAUACAGGAGAGAAACCCUUCAGCUGCUCAGUUUGUGAUAAAUCGUUCAGUAAUAGUGGGGAUCUGAAGAAACACAAGAGAGUUCACACAGGAGAGAAACCUUUCAGUUGCUCAGUUUGUGAGAAAUCUUUUACACAGACAAGGCAUUUAAAGGUACACAUGAGAAGCCACACAGGAGAGAAACCUUUUAACUGCUCGGUUUGUGGUCAAGGGUUCAGUCAUAGUGGGGAUCUGAAGAAACACACAAGAAUUCACACAGGAGAGAAACCUUUCAGCUGCUCAGUUUGUAAGAAAUCUUUCACACAGAUAACACAUUUAAAGUACCAUAUGAGACACCACCCAGGAAAGAAACACCAGUAACAACUGCUCAGCCUGUAAGUUUUUCACACAGGACAAAAGAACAGAAAUGUGCUGCCACUCGUCCUCAAAGUUUCAUCAAACUGAGGUGAACAAAGAGGCAGAGCCUGAAUAUUAUUUUUAUGAAGCCCUUGAACUUUUCAGAGGGUGUGGUGGAUUCACUUUGAAGGCGACUUAUGUUGUCAUGUCUUGUUGGGAAGGGGGUAAAAUAUUUGUUCAUGAAACGUGUUUAAAUAGCAAAUAAAUAACAACAUUAUCUUUAUUAUACGCAAACAUUACAAUUCCAAAUACCAUAUUUAGAUAAGACAAGAAAAAUAAAUACAAUUUAUAGUAAAACACACAUACCAAAGAAAAUAUUUUUCUAACUUUUUCAAUCUUUUUUUAUGGAUUGAAGAAAAAUUUCAAGUCAUUUUUAAAUUCCACAGAUGUUGGAGUAACUUUUAAUAAAUCUAUAUUUGUGUAAAUGAAAUGUACCCACGAUCAAAAUAUAAAACAUUGCUUUGUUUUCCAUGAUGUUAUAUGAUAUUGAUUUCCUUUUUGUUAUUUUUUUUUGUUUUACAAAACAAAAGUUCACAGACAGAGAUUUUAAUGAAAUAUUUGAUUGUAGAAGUGUGACAAAUGCAACAGUAUUUAUUUUAACAGUAGGAUAAAAAAACAUGUUCUUAAUAUAUGAAAGUUGCCUAGAAGUUGUUGGUAUUUAAAUUUCAGUGUUUUUGUUUCAUCAUCCUCUUCAUGUCGUGUUGGCAUGUUAAUCUCAGGUUCAUAUCUGAUCUAUGUUCUCUUUUAGCAUGUUCUGGUGCCUUGUUUUUAAAUGAUUCUAUACAAAUAAAUUUUCUUUGUGUCAGAAA